AUGGAUAAAUACGUGACUGGGUUGAAAAGAAAAUUUAAUGAAGCAGAAGAAGAGGGUGGUGAAAAUAAUGGAAAUGUUUCUUCACAAAAUAGUAAAACUAAACAUAGAAAAUAUGAUCCAAUGUACUUAUCAUUGGGAUUUACGUAUAAGAUCAUUAAUGGUCAAGAACGACCAAUGUGUUUGCUGUGUAUGAAUACUUUGGCCUCAGAUAGCAUGAAACCAAGUAAAUUAAAACGACAUCUGGAAAAAGUGCACGCCGAUCAUGUUGGCAAAACAAAAGAAUUUUUCCAAAGAAAAUUAGAUAACUUAAAUAAACAGAAAGAAUCGUUUUCAAAAGCUUUGUCUGUAUCACAAAGAGCGUUACUUGCGUCAUACAAAGUUUCGUAUAGAAUUGCUAAAUGCAAAAAACCCCAUUCAAUAGGAGAAACUUUAGUGCUACCAGCAGCUAUUGACAUAAUAGCUACGAUGUUUGGUGAAUCAUAUGCUGAUCAAAUUAAAAGCAUUCCGCUGGCAGAUAAUACGGUGGGAAGACGGAUAUCAGAUAUAUCUGAUGAUCUUUGCGAUCAGUUGAUAGAAAAAAUUAAAUUAUCUUCUUUCGCGUUGCAAGUAGAUGAGGCUACCGAUGUUGCUAAGGAUGCACACUUAAUAACAUAUAUAAGAUAUGUUAUGGAAAAUGAUAUUAGAGAAGAGUUGUUAUUCUGUAAGACAAUUGAAGGCAAAGCUACGGCGAGUGAAAUUUUUAAUAUGAUUGAUAACUUUUUUUUUGAAAAUGGUAUUUUAUGGGAGAACUGUGUUGGACUGUGCACUGAUGGAGCUCCAUCUAUGGCAGGAAAAAAUGCUGGUCUGCAGGCCCUAGUUCGAAAAGUGGCUCCUCGUGCAGUUUGGACGCAUUGUAUGAUUCAUAGGCAAUCUCUUGUUGCAAGAAAUAUGGGUGAAGAAUUACUUGAAUCCAUUAAGAGAAAGGCUUUUUGGAAAUUGUGUGAUGACAUGGGCUCAGAAUACAAAGCACUACUUUAUUAUUGUGAAGCACGUUGGCUUUCUCGUGCUAAAGUACUUCAAAGGGUACUAAGUGAUUUAAAUAAAUCAAUGCAAGGAACUCAAAUUCAUGCUUUUGUUCAAAAGGACAAGAUUACGGCGUUUAUGAAAAAAAUAGAGCUGUGGAUAGCUAGUAUGAAAAGUAAUAACUUUGAUAUGUUUCCUUCUUUUAAAACUACAUGUGUUAAUGAUGAUGAAAUAGAAGCAAAGCAGGAAAUGAUAAUUGAUUUAUCUAGUGAUAGCACAUUGAAGCAGAUGUUUCAGGACGAAAAGAAUAUUGUUAAGUUUUGGUUACAAGUAAAGGACGAUUUUCCAACUUUGACAAAUAAAGCCUUAGAAAUUUUAUUACCAUUUGUGACAUCCUACUUAUGUGAAACUGGUUUUUCUGCAGUAGCAGUAUAA